CUAAUUUUUAAAGGAACCGGUUAUUAGGGUUUGGUUUUGGGGUCGAGUGUUGAAACUAAAUACACGAGUGCGUAACAAUACUUCAUUCUCUCUCUAUAAUCAUCUAUUUUCUCUCUCCUCGCCGGGGAUCUCUACGCUUUAUCCAAGGAAGAAAGUUGUUUUACCUAAUGGCUGGCCAGAGAAAUAAUCACGGUAAGCGAGCUCAUUCCCUGGAUCGUUCUGAGAAUGGUAGGAAUAAAAGAAGAAGUUCUGGUGAAGAUACUUUUUCAAUUGGAACAGAUGAUACUGUAUACCGCUACUUGUGCCCUGCAACAAAGAUUGGGAGCAUCAUUGGCAGGGGAGGGGAGAUUGUCAAACAAUUAAGGGUGGACACAAAAUCAAAGAUCAGAAUUGGUGAGACUGUGCCAGGAUCUGAUGAGCGAGUCGUGACGAUUUAUAGUGCCAGUGAUGAAACCAAUCCCUUUGAUGAAAUGGAUUCUCAGGUGUGUCCAAGCCAGGAUGCACUCUUUAGGGUGCAUGAGAGAGUGAUUGCUGAGGAUUCAGUUGCUGAUGAUGAGCCUGAAGGUAAUCAACUUGUUACUGCUCGCCUGCUUGUUCCUUCCGAUCAGAUUGGAUGUAUUAUUGGGAAAGGGGGGCAGAUAGUUCAAACCAUCCGCAGUGAUACUGGUGCUCAAAUUCGAAUCCUUAAGGAUGAUCAUUUGCCAGCAUGUGCAUUGAGCACGGAUGAACUUUUGCAGAUAUCUGGAGAAGCUUCAGUUGUGAAGAAAGCCCUGUUCCAGAUUGCUUCCCGUCUUCAUGAUAACCCUUCACGAUCUCAACACAUGCUAACCUCUGCUUUACCUCCUAGUCUGUAUCCAUCAGCAGGUUCACUCAUGGGGGCACCUGGUGGUGCUCCUAUUUUUGCACCCAUUGUUGGUUCUUAUGGAGGAUACAAAGCUGAGAGGGGAGAUUGGCCACGUUCUGGUUACCCUUCAUCGAGGGAAGAUUCAUCCAUGAAGGAUUUUUCUAUUCGCUUUGUCUGUCCUACUGGUAAUAUUGGAGGUGUGAUUGGAAAAGGGGGUGCUAUCAUUAAUCAAAUUCGGCAAGAGACUAGAGCAGGUAUCAAAGUUGACAGUUCAUCUGCUGAAGGUGAUGACUGCCUGAUAACAAUAUCAUCAAAGGAGUAUUUUGAAGAUCAAGUCUCUCCAACAAUUGAAGCAGCAAGGCGCUUGCAACCCAGAUGUAGUGAGAAGAUUGAGAGGGACUCUGGAAUUAUUGCUUUUACAACCCGUCUCCUUGUGCCAACAUCACGUAUUGGCUGCUUAAUUGGUAGAGGAGGUGCUAUCAUCACUGAGAUGAGGAACAUUACAAAGGCCAAUAUCCGCAUUCUUUCAAAGGAGGAUCUUCCAAAGGUUGCAGCUGAUGAUGAAGAAAUGGUGCAGAUCUCUGGUGACCUGGAUGUUGCUGAAACUGCUCUCAUACAUAUUGCAUCAAGAUUAAGAGCUAACCUUUUCGAAAAGGAGGGGCAAGUGAUGCUUCCUGUUCUUCCAUAUGUCCCUCUUUCGCCUGAUGAUCAUGAUACCAUGCCAUAUGAAAGUAGGGAUAGUAAAAGACAUGGCCGUGGGCUCUCUUACUCGGGUGGAUAUGGUGGCUCGAAUGAUUUGCCUUCGGUUGAUCACUAUGGUAGCUAUGCUGGUGUACAGCACACCGGCGGUGGGAGUAAUUAUGGUGUUUAUGGGAGCAGCUAUUCCUCAGGACGUAGUAGUUCAGGGUUGUCUGGCCAGACUCCAGGCUCCCGGAGGAGACCGUAUUACUAAGGUUUAGCAAAGAGGUACAUUCAGAUUGGGAAAUUGAAGAUAAAAUGUUAUUGUUCUCUUGGUCCUCGAUAUAUAUAGAGGUUAGCUUUCUUGUUUCUUGUCAAGCUUAUGAAGGAUACAAGGAUUAAAACCAAAAUUUUGGACAAGUGAGAAGAUGUUGGUUUAAGUAGCUUUUUGUAGUUGGUUGCCCAAGGUUACCUUAAUUUCUGGUGUGUUACUUUGGUUCCUAAAAAGUCAUUUCCAUAAGGUCAAUUUUCGCUACUGUGUCUGGAAUAAAGAAAUGAAAUUACUGUCUCGAUGUGGGAAAUAUUGUGGUUGCUCAAGGUAGUGGUUAAGUCUCUUGAACCCUUGAUCAACAAUGGGCAAUCUUCACUACAUGGCUUCUUUGAUGAGUGGUAAUGUAUGGUGGAAAGUGGAAAUGAGUUGGGUCUGUAUUUGUAAUUGAAGUCUUUGUCAAUGUUGUAAUGCUUGUGCCCACCUCCAAGCAUUUCUUUCUCAUUUAAUUUUAUUAGCACUUUAUAUAUGCUAAACUGGUAAGAAAAUUUGUUAAGAGUAAAGUUCGAAGAUGAAGUUGCGUUACAUGAACAUUGGGAUGGAACUUACCGCUACUGUCAUGUUUGAUAGAGUGCCGGUUUCUGCGAACUAUUUGCUAGUGAGGAAUAGCGUUGAUUGGAAAUGGGAUAAUUCUGGGUCCUUCAACUUUCAGAUUUGCUUGUAAAACUAUGAAUUAUUCAAGUGCAAUGGUUGAGGGGUAUUGCAAAAAGAUAGUGCAGCGAUGAUGUGUAAAACAAUUCUUUCACCGAACAGUGACCAAUCAUGUUGAUAAUAGUCAGCCUGGAGGUAAUUUGGCUGGCUGUUCAUUGCUACGUAGUUUAUUGUGUAUAAUUUUAUAAAUGUCUACUUUUCUAAUUUUUUUUUAGAAAGAUAAUGGUUUUGUUAAUUUUAAGUGAAAUUAGCAUCGUCACUUUGAAUGGUGCUGAAAUUGUGAUCUAACUUCUCAAAUCUGCGUGUUCCUGCGGCACGGCUUAUUGUCAUCCUUGUCAAAAAAAUACGGGUAUAAAUUAUAAAAUUUAACCUAAUAAAAUUAGUUCCUAUUUAUUGCAACCGUGACUAAGUUCGAUCUUAAUCUGCGUGUUCCUGCGGCACGGCUUAUAGUCAUCCUUGCUCCUAUUGACGUUGUAAGUGCUUUAGAAGUUCAUAUAUCUAAAGGAGUAGAGUAGAGAGUUGUGAUUUAAUAAAUUGGUACAUACCUGCUUUUUGAAAUGUUUGGGCUAACUGUAGGGGAAGUGCUACCAAAUAGCUGCUACAAGGGGAGCAACUAUACAGCGGGUAGAAAAAGUGACGUGUAAAAGAAUCCUGGGAGGUAAAACAAUUGUAUUUAAAAAACAAAUAACCCAAAAUGUAUUUUUUACCCCAAUAUGAAAGUUUGUAGGCUGAAGUUAGAGAAUACAAUAUAUGACAUCAAUGAUACCAAUGUAUUUGAAAAAUAAUAGAAUGAUGUUAUUUCAAGACCUUAUUACUUAUUUCAGAUCUGAUCAGAAAAAAUAAGUUCAGAUCUGAACAGACCAUAUUAUUAUUAUUAUUAUUAUUAUUAUUAUUGUUAUUA